AUGGCAACGGUUCGAAAGAACAAGGAAGGAUUCACUCCAAGACAAGUCAAGGCUGCGAUGGAAGCAAGAAGUACGAUGCACAUACUCAAUGCUCCAAGCACCAAAAGUCUGAAGUAUGCGAUCCGAUCUGGUCUCAUCAAGAACUGUCCUAUCACUGAAGAAGCGAUCAAUCAUGCUGAAGCAAUCUUUGGACCUGACGCCUCUACAUUGAAAGGCAAGUCAACAAGACCAACUCCAAAGAAGACGUACGACAACUUCUUCAGUCCACCAGAGGAAUUGUAUCAACAUAAUCGAUCUAUUACUAUUGAUCACAUGGAGAUCGAGAAUGCUAAGUUUCUCACCUGCAUUGAUACCACUGUGCGUUAUCGCUCAUGUAUUCCCGUGCAGAACCUCAAGACUGACCCUGUAUUUGAAGCAUUGGAUAAGAUAUUCCGCCUCUAUAAUCAGUUUCGAAGUGAUUUGGAGGCAAAGGGAUUUGUUUUCAGUCUGAGCUUUAUUGGGCGCUGUGACAGAAUUGUCACAUGUGGCCACAACAUUCUCGCCUUUUACAACUUUUGA